CAUCCCCUUUCUAACAUGUACACUUUAAAGAUAUCGUACCAGGCCGACCUGCCCACUACGCCAAUGAGCCAUAGUUCUCAAAUUCUCAAAUCGAGACCCUGCUCCAUCAUGUUGUCACUCGACCCUUUGCAGCUCAAGAUUCAGCCACUAGACUGCUCCUACAAUACCGUACGUACUAUACAAACGACGUAAUAUGGCAUCAGCAAAAGAAAAACAAAAUGAACCCAUGUCUAGCCCUCGUAGAUUCCUUUUAUUGUAUAAUUCCGUUUACCCCCUACCCAUAUGCCCUCUCUAUCACAACGAAAUCAAAAACGUAUGUCCUUCCCAGUACAAACUCUAUAUAUCCUUCAGUCUGACUCUGUUCUUUCCCUCUGCUACUCCAUUCUAACCCCCUCAAAGCUCUCUGCUUCUUAUAUAACACUCUUUGCACUCUCCUCUCUGUAUCCUAAUUUACUAAUACUUUGCCUCUACACCUACUUCACCUUUACACACGUUCCCUCUCCACACGUGCUCUACCUCCAUAAAUGCUUACGCCCUCCAGUAUACAUACUUACUCUAUCUAUAGAUAUGUACUUUACAUCUACACUCUCUCUACCUCCUAUCUAUAAACUCUCUUCACUGGAACAAAACAACAGUAAACAAGGUCUCCCUGAUCAAACUGAUGUAACCUACCGCCCAACGUUACUCCCCCAUCUCUGUGUCCUUUCUUUACCAUAUACAUGCACAUACACACUUCUAUCUUUGCAUACACUCCGCAUCUGCUUAUAUCCCGCCUUCGUUCAAACCGUCUUUCUACGUACAUGCACGCUGACAGGAUAGAUACUUCUACCUCUACCCAUAACUCUAAAUUAUAAAUGCUUGUCUUCACGUAUGCUUUACGGGGUGUUUCGCUGUAUCAACACAACUACUUGUCAUCUCGCUUUCAGCAGACA